AUGGAGGGGGGGCCUAGCGGAGCCGCGGAGCCGCGGCCGCACGAGACGCGCGAAAUCGAGCCUGUACCGGCGCUGCACGAGGACGUAGCAGAUGGAUCUGAAACAGACGAGGAGGAGCGUGAGCGCCGGCGCAAGGAGGCGUCAGCCGCAGCACUCACGCUCGAGAUCGUGGGCGACCUACCGCAUGCUGAGGUCAAGCCGCCGGAGAAUGUGCUAUUUGUCUGCAAGCUGAAUCCUGUGACGCGCAGUGAAGAUCUGGAGCUCAUUUUCUCGCGUUUUGGAGCGAUAUCGAGCUGCGAGGUCAUGAAGGAUAAGAAGGUACGCACGUGCUACUCACAACAGACGGGCGAUAGUCUGCAGUACGCUUUUAUUGAAUUUGAGGACAAGGCAUCGGCAGAACAGAGUGUCUCGAGGCUGCAUGGUGUCUGGCUCAAGCAGCGCGCGCGACAGCAAGGCCGCUCGGCUGAGCGGCAUGCGCCUAGAGAGGCGCACUCGUCGCGAGAUCGCAUCGCUCUCGAUCGCGGCGCUACGAUGACCACCACUCACGGUCGCGCCACGACGACGACGAUCGGUCUUGGUCGCGCCGCACGCACGACCGGGGCAGCGGGCGCCGGCACCGCGAUGACUGGCGCAGCUCGCGCUACGACGAGCGCGGUGCACGGUGGCAUCGGUCUGCGGACGCCGAGGCCGACCGGUGGUCCCAUAACACGCUUGGUGCAGCAGGAUGCAGGCGUUUGUGUUGAAGCGCUACGCAAUAUUGGCAUUGUGGCGCACAUUGACGCCGGCAAGACGACUCUGACAGAGCGCCUCCUGCACUUGACGCACUCGCUCAGCCUGCCAGGCCUCAAGCCGCCGCCGGUGCAGGCGCCUUACACGGCGCCUGGAGAUGUGGACACCGGAAGCACGGUGACCGACUUUCUCGAGGAGGAGCGCGAGCGGGGUAUUACGAUCCAAAGUGCCGCGGUCGGGCCCGUGUGGUGGGCGAGUGAGCAGCUUGACCAGCACCUGCAGCCGUCGGUACCCAAGCAGGCCGUGUCCAUCACUCUGGUCGAUACGCCGGGGCAUGUCGACUUUGGGAUCGAGGUCGAGCGCACCGUGCGUGUCGUAGACGGUGCGGUCGUCGUGCUGGAUGGCGUCGAAGGAGUCGAGCCACAGAGCGAGAAUGUGUGGCGCCAGACGAAGCGUUAUGGGGUGCAUGCACACCUGUUCUUCAUCAACAAGCUUGAUCGUGCCGGCGCGUGCGUCUCCCGCUCGCUGCGCUCGAUCGUGGACCGGGGCCUGCAUCCCCGUCCGGCACUGCUGCAGCUCCCAGUGUAUGCAUCGCAGGCGCCGGACGACGCUGGCGAUCUAUCGAGAUUCAAGUCCGACGACCCGCUGAUUGGCGUAGUGGACCUGCUGACGAUGGAGCUCGUGCGGUUCGAGGGCGUCGCCGGCGAGCACAUGACGCGCGUGGCGCUGGAGGAGCGGCAUGGGCCGCUGUAUGCGCGUGCGUGCGAGGCGCGCCACGCACUCGUGGAGCUCGUGUCGUCGCUCGACGUGGACCUGCUCGACCGUGUGCUGGAGCUGGACGACCCCGCCGCGGCCGCCACCGAGCUGCCGCGCACCGCGGUACAUGCGGCCGUACGCCGCUUGACGAUCCAAGGCGAGAUCUGUCCGGUACUGUGUGGUGCGGCUGCGUGCAAUGUCGGCGUGCAGCUGCUGCUCGAUGCGAUCGGUCUGUACCUGCCGAGUCCCCGCGACCGCCCGCCUGUGGAUGGCACACUGCUGCCAGACACUCCGCGGCGCAGUGCGACGACGCUCCCGCUCGAGUCGCGCAGCACGGCUGCGCUCGCAUUCAAGGUCGUGUGGGACAAGCGUAAGGGGCCAAUUACGUUCGUGCGUGUGUACGCUGGCACACUGCAGAGCGGCGCAACGCUGAUCAACACGACGACGCACCAGAAGGAGCGCAUUGCGCGCCUGCUCCUCCCGUAUGCGGAUCAGUACGUCGAUGUACCUGCGCUGCAGGCCGGGCAAAUUGGCGUCGUGCUAGGCCUCAAGGACACCCGUACUGGCGAUACCCUCGUCGACGCUCGCAAGGGCGGCGGCGGUGCGCCGCCGCACAUUCCACCGCAUGCGUGGCACACGCUGCGCCUGCGUCGCGUGCAUGUGCCGCCGCCCGUGUUUAGUGUCAGCGUGGAGCCACGCAGCAAGGCGGAUGAGGGGGCCGUGGCGGACGCGCUGCGCAUGCUUGUGCGGACUGAUCCUAGUCUGCAUGUGAGUGAGGGCGGUACGGGCACCUCGGCGCAAACGGUGCUGAGCGGCAUGGGCGAGCUGCACCUCGAAAUCGCGAAGCACCGCCUUGACAACGAGUUCCAUGUGCAUGCGCACUUGGGCCAUGUGCGUGUGGGCUACCGCGAGACGCUAGCGGAGGGCAUGUCGGGCCAUGCUACGGAGCGCCUGGACCAGGAGCUGGGCGGCAAGCCCGCGCGAUUCGGCGUGCAGGUGCAUGUGCGUGCACUGCGCGAUGAUGAGCCGGGUCAGGCGCGCUUCGGCGGCAACGACGUCGUGCUCGAUAUGGGCGAAGCACCGCCGCUCGUCUUCGACGCGGGGCGCAGCCUCGAGCAGGUGCUUGCGCAGGCCAUGCAGGCGGCGCUCGUGCGUGGGCCGCUGAGUGGCUACCCGCUGCAGGGCUUGCACGUCACGCUGAGCGGCAUCGAGGCGCAUGGCACCGAGCUGAGCACGCCUGCGGCCGUGCGCGUGGCCGUUAUGCAGGGCCUGCGUCGUGCACUGGGCUACGCCGUGCGCCGCACGGCCGGCGAGGCGGUGCAGGGGCACACGCGGCUGAUGGAGCCCAUGAUGCGCGUCACCAUCACAGCGCCCGACAAGUAUGCGGGCGCCCUAGCCUCCGAUGUGACCGUCGAGCAGCAUGGCUCGAUCAUCGAGAUGGUGCAUGAGGGUGCGGAGGAGACAGCGUCGACUACGUACGAGGUGUACAUUCCUGCGACGGAGGACGCCGAGCCGGCGGGGCGGACCGGCAGCCCAAUGCGGCUCGAGGCGCUCGUGCCCCUCGCACGGAUGAUGCGCUACAGCACACGACUGCGCGCGCUAACCGGCGGCACAGGUACGUACCGCAUGGAGCUGCAUGGCUUUGCCAUUGUGGCGCUGGAGCGCGAGCGUGCGCUGCUGCAGGCGCUGGGACGCCUGCCGCGCUCAUAG